GACAGCAUUCGCACGGUUAGCGACUAGCAACCUCGACCUUACUUUAAGCUUCCUUCCGAAACUCUGGAUAUAUGCCUGUAGAACCAAUCCUAGAACACUCAGGGAGCCACUUGUCCAAGUAUGAUGAGGUUCCCCAAGAACUGCACCGAGCCAUGCUGCGGCUCAAUUUCCCGUCCUCAUACGUGGUCGUCGGUGCAUACCGACUCUUCACCGACAAGUCUCUCUAUGUCCCUGCGUGGAAUAAAUGCCGCAACGGUGCCCGACGAGGGCUGAUAUGUGGUUUUGCCUGGAUGUGCGCGUCAUACAGCAUCCAGCGCCGCAUCAUCAAAGCAGCCAUCAGAAACCCCUCCUCCAUGUUCUCCGUGCGCUACAUAACGCGAUUCGAAGAAACCGCAGGCGAACUAUCUCACGAGACGUUCCUAGGGUUCAAGUUACCCUUCAGCAUAUCCACAUACGUCGCAAUACUCUUGGUAGGAUCGCAAGUUACCAGCAUCAUCAACUUUUUUGUCGCUCGCAAUAUUCGUAUUGUUCGUAAACGCGUCUGGGAUCAAACAGUCGCCUCGCGCGGCAAGGGACCUGAUUUCUGGCAGCCAUAUGUUGAAGAAUGGGAUUCCCCACCUGUUGUCAAUGAAAGUUGGAAUCGUCUGGACAAGAUGUUCAAGAUGUGGUUCUGGAAGAUGAUCAUACAGAAAGUCGUCUUACUUCCGCUUUCACUGUAUCCAUUUGUCGGCACGUUCAUCGCUGCGGCUUUCAAAAGCUUGAGGACCGCUCAGGACCUGCACAAGCCGUAUUUCACCACAAAAAAAAUGACAGCCCAUCAGGAAGCUGUAUUUAUUGAGGAGCGCAAAUGGGACUACCGAAUGUUCGGUUUCGUCGCGGCGCUACUCGAGGGUCUGCCAAUCGUAGGUCUUGUUUUCACAGUAUCAAAUCGCAUCGGAGCUGCUAUGUGGGCUCAUGAUUUGGAAAAGCGUCAGCACUACAUUGCAGCGCAACGUCGCACGUCGGCUAUAAGUCCUAGCACAGGUUUUGAAGCUGUCCAGACGUAGAUUUUGCUAGCUGUUGACAUGUCAUUUUGUAACAUGUACUAUAUGAAGGCAGACAUGGACUUGCACCGAUCUUCUUGAGAUCCAAUGUAUUUAUUGCAUUCAAAACAACUGACAAA